CAUCCGACGUCCGACCGAAGGGAACACCCCAUAUAGGCGUGGCUAUAGCUAUGUGGGCGUGAAUGCUGGGCGGGGCUCGGCGCCGUGUACCGGAGUGAGGUGAGAGCGGCGGGAGAGCGAUGUCCGGGAGACGCCGGAGAGGAGGGAAGGCGGCGGGAGAAGACGGAGGUGCCGAUGUGGAAUGUGAGAAGAAUCCCGACUACGUUGAGCAUUUGGCUCGAAAAUACAUGAGGAAGUGCCGAGUGGAAUCCAGCACAGACUCCGAGUCCGACAAUAACGAGAACUUUGGAAAUCCAUUGUCCAGCACCCCGACACAUGAGAUCACAUCCAAUGUGGAAUUCCUGACAUUACAGUGCCGGGACCCGUACGAUGGGGACUCUGAAUCAUCGGCACAAUCUGAAGGCAGCACCCACGAUCCCUUUCUGAGUGAAGCCGACUCGACUAUCCAUGGCACUAAAGAUGACCAAGUCCACAUGGAAUGCAGCUCGGGGGCCGCACAGGAGCAGCAGUCCACAUGGGACGAUUGCAGCCUCGCCUCGUGUGAGAUUACCGACGUCAGUUUCCAACCUCGAGCCACCACAGACUCUUCACCAGAUAACGUCCGAUCGUGUCAGAGCGCCACCUCCAGGUCUCGCCAGUCCAUGGACUCCGGCAUCGUGGCCGAGGAAGCCAGUCCUACAUCUGGGCGCUUCGUCCUGCUUGGUGUAGACCCAAGAGCGCCAAAUUCUCCUCCUUCCGUGUUUGCGGCCAGUAUGACCUCAGAGGAGAACAGUGACUUCAGUAUGGUGGAGUCCUCUGUCAUCAAACGGAAAUUUGGACUAAAAAUGGACAUUGAGAAGCUGAGAAGGAAGAAGGCUCGCGUGGCGGAACAUUCCAGCUGAUGAUGAUCCCGGGAUGAACUGAAGGGCCUCUGCAGCUUCUGUUUACUUUAUCCGCAUAAUGUAAUAAAUAUGGAGAUUGAAUA